CCCCCUGACCGCAAGCAGCACAGCCGGCUUGCUCUUCAGUCAAUUGGUCGCCUGAGCCAGAGACACUUGCUAAUUGAGUUGCCACUCCCAGCCUACCUGCUGAUCCACGAUGCUGUUCUCGCUGUGCGCGGUGGCUGUGAUUUUUGGCUUUCCUCUGAGAGAGGCCUUCGUUCUCCAGCCCUCCCGGGGGGAGCCGGCGGGGGCUAUCAGUGCCAUCACAGACACGUCGGUUGGCAAGGUGAACAGAUGCCAGGGGGAGUCGAUUCAGGUCAUAAAGCAGAAGCUGCUGGAGGCCCUGGGCCUGGGUAAGGAGCCCCAGGUUUCCAGAGGAGGCCUGAGCAAGCUGAGAGAGCAGUGGAAAGCUGCCUUAGGAGACACGGCCCACAGUGCACAGAAUCCUCAGGAAGUCACAGUGUUGAACACAACCUCCACCCUGGAGUCAAACCGAGAUGAAACCAACAGCACAGGCCUGCACUGCUGUCAACUGGCUUCACAGGUCUUCAUAAAAGAUCUUGGCUGGGAGAACUGGAUAAUCUACCCAGAAUCCUUCACCCACACCCAGUGUACAGUCUGCGACCCCCAACUGCUUCCAAAAGCCCCGCUCUGCCGAGCAGACAGCCCCCCUGAACCGAACCCCCCACCAACGUGCUGCCGGCCCACCUCCCAGGAGAUGGUGCCCUUCUUCUAUCUGGACGAGCACAACGCGGCCGUCAUCACCCAAGCGACUCUGACCACGCGCUGUGGCUGCGCUCCAGGAUCGCAGAACUGAGCGACUGUGUUCCGCCAGAACCGGUUGUAUCCAAAAAAAAACUCUGAGUCACACAUAACACAGACGCAGAGGUUAGAGAGUCCAGGGGUCAGAAAGUAAAAGUCCUGCCAUGUGUGUGUUCCUUCCACCCGUCGGCUCCAGCCGGCUGAUUUCACCGUUAGUUCUACCUCCUGGCUGAAGAAAUCGAGGUGAUCGGAACAAAAUACUGGGGAGGACUUUUACUUUCUCAACCUGGAUUUUCCACCUCCCGAUAUGCUCCAGGAUGUAAGCAGACACGAAAAGGGCAUGUACUCUAAAUAUGGGGCGUUCUCUGAUGCAGACUCCCUUUAAAUUAAAGGCACAAUCCCUCUGAAAUGGAAACACGGUCAUAUUCACUACACUUACAGUAUAAGGUGUUCAGUAUCCCUGCUGCUUGUUUUUCAGUUUUUUUUGUAAGGGUAGUUACAAGGUGUGGCCAUGAAGACAGGCCAAAGAGAUAUUUCAGAUGUUAUAGUUAACCUUCAGAUUAUGUUUGGGGUCAAUUUGACCCCAUUCAGUGUUUGGCAUCUCUCAAAAACCAUCUUGAUACUGUGUGAUUUUUCUAAUUUGGUGGGAUUAA